AUGUCUUUUCAGCUCGAUUCGCAGGCUAUGGACGCCGGGGACGGCGCGCCCCAGGUGAAUAUCCGAGAAGGCAACAGCACCAACAUCGACUUCAUACUGCGCAACACGGACCUCGCCCUCGCCAACUCCCUGCGCCGCGUGAUCCUCGCCGAAGUGCCCACCAUCGCCAUCGACCUGGUCGAAGUGGAAGAGAACACGACCGUGCUGGCCGACGAGUUCAUCUGCCACCGGCUCGGGCUCAUCCCGCUCAACUCAAAGGGCGUCGACGACCUCUUCUACUCGCGCGACUGUGACUGCGAGAACUACUGCGAUGCGUGCAGCGUUGUGCUGACGCUGCACGCGCGGUGUACGGGCAUCGACGUUAUGACCGUCUACGCGCGGGACCUGGUGGUUAGUGGGAAUCCGUUGAACGAUUCCCUGGGCCAGCCAGUCAUUACGGAUCCGGCAGGACAGGGCAGCAUUAUCUGCAAGCUGAAGAAGGGCCAUGAGCUCAAGAUGAAAUGCGUGGCGAAGAAGGGGAUCGCGAAGGAACAUGCGAAGUGGGCGCCCACGGCCGCGGUGGGAUUUGAGUACGACCCGAACAACGCGCUGAGGCAUCUGGACUACUGGUACGAGGUCGAUCCAGAGAAGGAGUGGCCCGUGAGCGAAAAUGCCGACCUCGAAGACAAGCCCGUCGACGGCGAGCCCUUCAACUACGACGCCGUCCCCUCGCGCUUCUACUUCAACAUCGAGUCCGCCGGCGGCCUGGAGCCCGACGUCAUAAUGCAGCAGGGCAUCAAGGUCCUCCAGCGGAAGCUAGCGGACGUGCACCAGGAGCUCGUCGAGCGGACUACCGAUGGUGCUGACGGGUUUGGCGGCGCGAGAGAGCCUGAAGUUAUGGAUGGGUAUAACCAGGAGCCGGGCUAUACGACGCCGUGGCAGGGGAACCAGAGUCAGUGGGGGAACCAGGGCAGCAUGAGCGCUUAUGGGGGCGGUGCGCAGACGCCGCAUGGGGCGACGCCGUAUGGGCAUGCGUAUUAG